AUGAGAGAAUUAGUUAGUGAACAGAAAAAUGAUGUUUCAUUUCAGAAAUCUUCUUUAUUUUCUAAGAUUAUUAUUACAACUACAGUUGCUGCAUCAGUAUAUGUUUUAAUUAAUGAAUUUGUUAUUAAGAAAUUUAGAAAUUAUCAAAAUUCUUUGAGACAAGAAUUAUUAUUUAAACGACAAAUUAAACAACGAUUUUUACAAACUCAACAAGAUUGCUAUUAUACAAUAUUAGCUUUAUUACCUGUGUUAACUGGUCCUAUUGUUGAAUAUUUACCUAUUGAAUUAAUUACUCAAGCAUUAAGAUUGAAAAAGACGGAAAAGGCUAAAGUUCAUACAGAAUUAACUAGUGAAAAUUUGAAUCUUUUAGAAAAUAAUCAUGAUCCUGAAUCAAGUUUAUCUCAUUAUAUGAAUAUGUCAAAAAUUGAAUUAUGGAAUUUAUUAAAAAUUAAAACUAUAACUAGAACAUUAACAUUAAUGUAUUCAAUUUCUGGUUUAUUAUUGAUUAGUAAAUUACAAUUGAAUAUUUUAGCAAGAAGAUCAUAUUUAGAAUCGGCUAUAUUAAUGGCAGGAGUUAAAUCAGUUAAUAAUGAUGUUGAUCCUCAUGAAAAUUAUAUAACUGAACAAAGUUAUCUUUCAUUAAGUUGGUGGUUAUUAAAUAAAGGUUGGAUAAAUCUUAAUUCAAUUAUUGAAGCAUUAGCCACUAAAAGAUUUGAUAAGAUUACUCCCAAACAAGAAUUAACUAUGGGAGAAUUCGAUUCUUUAUUACAAGAUAUUAUAACUGAAAUUAAUACCAAUAAUCGAGAAUUCAUAUUGGCUAAUUUAUUCCCAAUUAAUUAUUCUGAUUUAUUAGAAACUAUGAUGAAUACAAAUCCUGACUUAAUUCAUCAAUUAGAAAUUCCUGAAUCUAAUUUAUUAAAAUUAAUUAAUGAAACUAACUCAAUCAUGUUGGAUAGUAAUGUUUAUUUCUUUGAUUUAUUAAAUACUUUGAUUUUAACCAAUUUGAAUAUUUUAUCAUCAAAUUUAUCAAUGGGUUUGGGCAAUAACAAUAUGGGUUCAAGUUUAUUACUUUCAACUGGUAAUUUACAACAAGAUGAAGAAAAUAAGAUCGUAGAAAUUCCCAAUAAGAGUUAUAAAUUAGCUAAUUUCUUGGCUCAACUUUCAAUUCAAAAUGGAAUUAUGAUGGAUAAUGAUAAUCUUAAAGGAGAAUUGCCAACUAAAUCACAAGAACAAUUGGAUGAAGAUGAUAUACAAGGGUUUAUUAAUAAUUUGACUACAUUAACUGGAGAUCAAGAGCAUGGAGAAGAAGAAUUAUCGGGUAAUGUUUAUAUUAAUAAUUUGAAUCAAUUGGAUGAAUUAGAUGAUUUUAGUGCAGGAAUUUAUUCAAAUUUUGAAUAG